GAUGAACCUUAUUAUUAAUCAAGAAGCAAUCAUGUCAACUCUCGAAAUGUUUCUUUUUUUCACCAUGUCCCAAACUUCUUCUCCAAUCAUUGACGGCAAUUCACGUCCGAUGGUUACAUCUACAUCUUGGUUGGGUAUCACUCGCUAUCAUAUCAUCUGCUAUUUACCCCUGUAGUGAUACGCUACUUCAUCCUCUCGGGCGACUUCGCUCGGCUUCUCCACAAACUGACACAUCUAACUCACCAAUCAAAAUGACAAUUAAUCUAUGAAUCCGAAUCUCAGAUUCUCCUCCUAGACUUCCGAAUCAACCAUGGAAUGUAUCUCCUGUCAUAUUUUUGAACAACACAUCAAGAAGAUCACCAUCACCAGCAGCAAGAUCAGUUGUGCGUGCAGCGAGCUUGAUUCCAGAUUCCAACUUGAUCUCCGUGGGAAAUUGUGAAUCAAUAUUCCAAAAUCGCUUUCACAUCCACCGAUGUAUCUUCCUAAGAACUCUUUGAGAUGGAGACGAUAACAAUACCUUCUCCAUCGGCAUUUCUUUCCUCUCCUGUUCUCAAGCCAGCACCAGAACCACCUCCACCACCCAAAAAACGGAAGCAAUCUACUUCCAAGCCAUCCGCUGCUCAAUCUGCAAAGAAAGAACAUAGUAUCAACAAACCUAAGCAAUCGAAAAGUCGGAAUGGUUGCAUAACUUGCAAAGCAAAACGAUUAAAAUGCGAUGAAACAAAACCUUCUUGUCAGCAAUGUCACAAGAGGGGCGUUUCCUGUGGAGGAUAUAAGAAAGACUUCAAAUGGAGGCCAUUCGAGGAGGCUACGUUUACAAACAAACCACCACCGCCACCGGCCGCUAAAAAAAGAGGUUCAAUAGCACUGGACAAAGCCCCGGAUCACUCUACAGCUGCAAGUCCAGGGGCUUCUGAUGGAACGGCUUCUACCCCCGGUGGAGAGGAUACGCAGAUGCAAGACUCGUUUUUCAAUGCCGCAGUGCCUUCUCCGUCUACCUUUGAUGUCUCGACUUCACUUCCGGAGCUUCAUUCGGGAUUUUCUCCUAUGUUUGAUAUGAGCACGCCUACUUUUGGUCAGGAUGACUCUCAGCGUUCCCGGAUUGAGCCGGAUUCGGUCACAAGCAGUCUAAGUAGCAUGUUUGAAGACACUGGUCUAGUCACACCAACAAGAUCGAAUUUCUCUGGUCAGUCACCAAGAUUGGCAGAUCUAUUACAACCUGGGUCGGAUCUGAAUACAAGGCCACCAUCUAUCUCCAUGGCUUCGUCCAUUUCUAUGACAUCAGCAAUGAUGGGUAUGCCAAUGUCAAGCCCUAAUAUGACUCGAUUUCAAAUGACAAAUGAUUCAUCUCUUGAAGAUGAUAUUGAGGAAAUUAUUCGAGAGCCUCCCAUAUCUGAUGCUGAUAUGUGGUUGGCUAUGAGUCCCUUUCAACCUCAGUCAAGAUCUCCGAGUGUGUCUCCUAGGAGUUUUAGUCCAAUGUAUCGACAGCCAGAUGUGCCAGCCGGUAGUCCAGAGAUGCUAAUGCUUAGAUUUGAUAAGCAGACAUGUGGCAUUUUGUCUGUCAAAGAUGGUCCUACAGAGAAUCCAUGGAGAACAUUAGUUUGGCCUCUCGCACGGGAUUCCCCUGCAUUGUAUCAUGCUAUCGCAUCCAUGACCGCCUUUCAUACAUCCAAAGAGAAGCCCGCCCUUCGCGUCGACGGCAUGGAACAUAUGCGUCGUAGUAUUCGAUCUCUCGCGACAGGGAUUGAAAAAAUGCGCACCGAUACUGCACUCGCCACAACACUGGUCCUUGCAUUUGCUGAAUCUUGGGAUCAGCAUAUCUCAACUGGGAUCGAACAUCUCAGAGGUGCAAAAAUCUUGGUUAAUCAAGCACUCAUAAAGCACAAUAAGAGGAGUCUUGUGGGUGAUGAUCUGGCCAGAUUAAAAUUUCUUUGCAAUACUUGGGUUUACAUGGAUGUUAUUGCUAGGUUGACAUCGAUUGAUGAUGAAGAUUCUACAGAUUUUGAGAAUAUUCUUUCGCCGCUUAAUAAUCUCUCUACCAAUUCCUUUUCUUCUGCUUCUUCUUCUUCCGCCAACAUCACUCAAAUGUCAGAAAUCGACCCACUAAUGGGCAGCGCAGCAACACUAUUUCCUUUGAUUGGUCGCGCUGCAAAUCUGUGUCGCAAAGUGCAAAAAUCGAAAUCAAAUUCCAUAGCCAUAGUAUCACAAGCCAUGGAACUCAAGCAAGAAAUCGAGCAAUGGCAGCCUUCAACAGCAUUCUCAACUCCUGAAGAUCCGACUUCUGAAAUCCAACACGCCCUUCAAACCGCCGAAGCCUAUCGUUACGCUACUCUUCUUCAUUUACAUCAAGCUGUCCCUGAGAUCCCAUCUUUGACAUGUGCAGAACUUGCCAAAAAAGUCUUAGUUUUCCUAGCUACGGUACCGCUUAGCAGCCGCCUCGUUAUCGUUCAGAUAUAUCCACUCCUAGCCGCAGGCUGUGAAGCGAAGGAUGCCGAAGAUAGGGCUUGGGUUGACGAACGAUGGGCCAGUAUGGGAAGAAGGAUGUGGAUUGGGAAUAUCGAUCGAUGUUGGGAAGUCAUGCAAGAAGUGUGGAGAAGAAGAGACGAAGUUAUCAGGAAAAAAGAACAGGAAUUAAUGAGGAAGAAUGGUAGUAGAAUGGGAAUGUCCGGAAUGCAUGGCGGGCCUAGCGAUAAUAUGAGAAGGUUCGAGGAAGGAAUGGAGAAUGGGAUUGGUAAUGAAGAGAUUUCAUAUUCGGAUUUGUUGAAUCUCAAUGAAAUGGGAAUUAGGGGGCAGAGCAGAAGGGCUUCACCUGUGGGAAACAGACAGAGACACAGCAUUUCGGGGCCGUCUCAAGGAUCAUUUGGAGAGCUCAUGGCCCAGAGACAAGCCGCAGGUCUUAUUACGGAGGAGAUGGACCAGGAGCUGACGGUUAGAGGGAAGUUGCAUUGGGUGGGUGUCAUGAAGGAUUGGGAGUGGGAGAUCCUACUUGGCUAACCCACAAUUCUGCAACCAACUUCUCGUUCCAGCAGCGUCUGAUCUUCGGAAACCUUGCUGCCACUCGUCGUUUGCUUUACGCACAGCUCGCUUGUGUCUUUCCCGUCUAUCCUCCUCUUCCAAUGCAUUCUGCAUGAAGGCUUCGUAGGAAUCGGGAUGUGGGUGGUUGUUGGCUUGUUGGCUUCUGGAUGGUUGUUGAUAUGAAGUUACUUCGUUAAGAAGUGUAGAUGUGAUGGACCAAUUCGUCGCAGAGGAGUUGCGAUGACGAGGACAAUAACUAUUUUGUUCCAAAUUGGAUUGCUGGUAUUGUCGUUGAGGUUGGCGCGUUCGAGAGGAAGAUUGAUGACGCUUGUUGCUAUUUGAUGGGGUGUUCUGUCCUCUUUCUCUCCAUGAUGAUGAGGAGGAAGCCGAGGAUGAGGCAAUCUUUCUUUUGAUAUUGGAAAUCAUUGUAUGUGAAUGAAUAGGUGAGAUUGAGGGUGUGAGGUUAAGUAGCUGAUUUUGGUCUGGGAUAUUUUUAGGUCCGAUUUCUGUGAGGGGAUGUUUUGUACUCGGGUCCUAUGUGGCUUGACCUGUGAAUCGCAAUGUGAUUGAUGAGAGGGCGUGAAAAUGUAUCCUUUAGCGAGGCGUCUGGGUGGCUUUUUGGUGGUCGAGGAGAUAAAUGGCGUUUUAUUUGAUGCUUUUAGAAGCCGUGACUUUGUCAAUUGGUUUUCUCCUAUAUAGAUAUUGAUGUUGGAUUUAUAUGGUUGCUUUGGACCGAUGUUGAUGAAGUUUGAGAUGAGAUAUCAGAUUAACUUGAUAUUUACAUAUAUAGAAAGAAAUAUCAGCCAAGUA